GAUCAUCUGCAUCGAGGGCUACUGCAAACGUUGAGUGUAUUUCCAGAUAUGUAAUGCAACUGCAGUAAGAUCUGACAGCUUGGGGAUGAAGACGGAGGGACGGUGCGCACCUGCUGGCGCUGCGAUGGCGCCGUUCUGCGCGGCACCUUUUUCUAAUUUUAUACAAGAAAAAAAACCCCGUACUGAGCUAAUUUCAUCUCCGAGGACGCCGACACUCCCUGGAGACCAAACGGGCGGUUUUGAUUGGGCCAGGAGUGGGAAACCGCGGCACAGAGAGACACAAACCGGGAGAAAGUCGACUAUAUCAGCUACACUUUUAAAUCAUGUCCCUGUCAGCUUCUGACGGAUGGAGUUGAUCAUGGAGACGCAAAAGAACAGCAACGCAUUCGCUGCUGCUUGGCCCAACAGCCUGGGACAGCCGGGGAGGAGAGUGACUGAUAAAUUCCCAGUGCCGAGAAGCAGCAGUCCUGUCAGUGUUUAUGUUGAAUUACCCUGCAUUCCUGACCAAGAUUUUGCAACAAUUGAAUGGGAUGAUUUAAGGAACUGUGCCUCAGCAGUGAGACGAGAGAGCGCCUCAUUUGACUUUCAGGGGAAUGAGUCUGAUCCGGAUGAGCAGCACUAUGGAGAUUAUGCGAUGGAAUUCAUUGCAGAUUCCACUGCCACAGGAGAAAGCUGUCUGUCUGAACUCGUCCCCUUUCAGGGAUGUGUUAUACCCCCCCUCACUCCCCAGAGGGAUUUCUCUCCGGAGGACAGCAUGGUCCACUCCUCCACAGACACAGCCCAGGAUGGAGUUUCAUGGAGGGGAGCUGCAGAGUGCCAGAGGUGGGCGCUGGGAGACUCCUUGGCCACCAACAAAGAGCUCCAGGAGACUCUUUACAGGCAACAACAAGAACUGGACUCUCUCGAGGAAAGAAACCUGCACCUCAAGCAGCUGGCUAGUCGAGCAAAGCACCUCGCCUCAGUUCUCGAAAGACUGAUGACAGACAAAGAGUCGAAUGUAGGAGAACUGGCUGUGCCGCGCAGUGAAAACACUUCUCUGAGUCCCUGCAAGAGGCAGCGCCUGGACGAAGGCUAUGAAACAGAGUCCUCGGACUCAGUGGAGGACAUGCUGAGGGACGUCAGCACGCGCUGCAACGCUGUCCUGCUCAGCAGCGCUGCAGGAGCGCGCCAGGAGUCAGAGACGGUACGCAUGUAUGGUACAUUCUCCAGCUUCCAGAUGUGCACGCCCGACAUCAGCACGGCGAAAGUUGAUGCACCAGAGCCUGGAGAAGAUGCUGCAUAUUUCAGAACCUCCGUCAGAGAACACUGCACCAUUCGGACUCAGGUGUUUCCUCACGGGCACGCGUUUACGUCAAGGACCCUGCAGGGGGGGUACCGCUUCCGCUGGGUUCCCAACCACAGCUGAAAUUAGAGACCGACGCAGGGGUUCUUGUACUGAAGGUGCCAUAAAUCUGAAAGAGAAUGGAGAAAGGUGUGGGUGGGCAGCAGCUGUUAAUGCUUAACUCCUUAUCUAUAGUGAUAUCUGUAAAUGAUUAAAUGAUCUCUUCCUCAGGUAGCUUGUGAGAUAAUCAGUCAAAAGUGGCGCUUUAAGGAAAUAAGACUGCCCUCUCUGCUGUUUACAUUUCUGUUUUUGUUGACACUCCUCAAAGUCUGUCUAAUUUUGUAUUUCAUUGCAUUUUUUUUUUUA